CGUUAGAAGAGGGUGGACGCAAAAAAAAAACAAAACAAAAAGAUUUUAUAACUAUGGCUGAAGAAAGUAUGGAUUUCGAUGAAAGCAAGGAUGGAUUUGAUGAAGAAGGGGAAAAAUUUUUUAAAGAUCUUGAAACCUUCACCAGUUUUUGUAUAGAAAAACGUAUUUCUUCUUUUAAUCAACUAAAAGAAAAAUAUAUAUUUGAAGGCAAUGGCCUAAAAUUAAAAAAUGAAAAAUAUAAAAAUUUUUUGGAUAAUAUGUUUAUGGAUAAAAAAGAUAAAAAAAAUUAUAAGAAAGAUAAAAGAGAAUUUGAUUUCAUCGAUUUAAAAGAAUUAUUGGAAUCAAAACGUGUAAACCAAUCUAAACCAGUUGGUUUAGAUUUUAAAAUUGAUAAUGAAUUUAUACAAAAUUUACAAAAAGAUAGUAUUGAUGAUAAUAUUACAAAAUUAUAUAAAAUUAAUAAAUUAUUAUUACAAAAUAAGAAAAAUACUUUUUAUAUAAAUUGUACAAUAGGAUUAAUUUUAGAAGAAUAUGCAAGAAAAUUGCAAUUAGAAAAAGGUUAUAAAAAAAUUGGUGUAAAAUGUAAAUAUACAACUAUGAAAGAUAUAUAUAAAAAAUUUAAGAUAAGCGAAAGCUAUGCUUGUAAAUUACGUUAUAUAGGCUUUUUGGUAACACAAUACCAAAAAUUGCAAAAUUUAGAUAUAACCAUUGAUGGAUUAUAUAAAUAUAGAAAAAUAUUAGAUAUAGUUUUUGAUGAAAAAAAUGAAAAAUAUAAAGAUUUCCAAAAUAACUGGAUAUAAUAAAAAAUAAAAAUCUUAUUCAAACAAAAAUUCAAACAUUUUUUUAUAUUGUAAAGAAAAAUUCAAACAUUUUUUUAUAUCUACCAUCAUUUGUUUCUUGUUCUUUAUCUAUUACUAAAAAU